UUGGCAUCCAUCAAACAGCCGGCUGCAGCCGGCUUUCUUUUCCUUUUCUUCGAUUUUUUUUUAAAAAAAAUCUUCUCCCUUCUUAGCGACGAAACGCGCCUUCUCUCUCUAUCGAGUCAAAUUCCAUUGAUAAAAUGGCUUCUUCUUCACAGAAUCCAUCCCAUAAAUCCCCCACAAACCCCCUCGUUCGGUUGCUGGGCUUUUCUUUUUGGAACAGAGGAUUGCGAGGAAGAUGGGUAGCUUGGGCGAAGCUGGUGGAAAAGAGAUGUUUCCGAGCCGUCCGGAUCCUGUUAUGAUUGAACUCAAUCGAUUGGAGAACCAGCUUAGAGACAAGGACAGGGAAUUGGGACUUGCCAACUGUGAAAUUAAGGCCUUGAAAGUGGCAGAACUUAUGAAAGAAAAAGCCGUAGCGGAGCUUAGUAAUGAAUUGAAGAAACUUGAUGACAAGCUCAGAGCUGCCGAGAAGCAACUAGAGCAGAAGAAUCUUGAAAUCAAGAAGGCAAUCAAUAAGAAGAAAGAAGCCUUGGCUGCACAAUUUGCUGCAGAAGCAGCUCUGAGAAGAGUUCAUGCAUCUCAAAAGGAUGAGGAACAUCUUCCAGUUGAGGCUGUUAUUGCACCUCUUGAGUCUGAUAUAAAGAAGUACAAGAAUGAGAUUGCAAAACUUCAAGAGGAUAAAAAGGCUCUGGAACGAAUUAUGAAGUCUAAAGAGGCAGCAUUGAUUGAAGCAGAAAAUAUCUUGCACACUGUUCUUGAACGAGCAUUGAUAGUGGAGACUGUGCAAAACCGGAAUGUUGAAUUGAGCAGGCAAAUAGAGAUAUGCCAGGAAGAAAAUAAACUCUUGGAGAAAACGAAUCGUCAGAAGAUUGUGGAAGUGGAGAAGCUUACUCAAACCAUUCAUGAACUUGAAGAAUCUAUUCUUGCAGGUGGAGCAGCUGCUAAUGCUGUGCGUGACUAUCAGCGUCAGGUUGCUGAAUUAAAUGAAGAGAAAAGAACUCUUGAGAGAGAGGUAGCAAGAGCUAGCGUUUCAGCCAAUCGCGUGGCAACUGUGGUCGCAAAUGAGUGGAAGGAUGACAAUGAUAAAGUCAUGCCUGUCAAGCAAUGGUUGCAAGAGCGAAAAUUUUUGCUGGGGGAGAUACAACGGUUGCGGGAUAAGGUAACUGUAGCAGAAAGAACUGCUAAGGCAGAAGCCCAGCUCAAAGAUAAACUAAAUUUGAGGCUGAGGACAUUGGAAGAAGGUCUAAAGCAAGCAGCAAGCUUAUCAAUAAAGCAAGUUGAGAAGUCUGAGAAAAAAAUAGGGUGCUCUUCAAAUGAGGAACCAAAAAGGAGAUCGACAUCUCAGCCAAGGGCUUCAGUUGCUGCCUAUAAAGUCUCAGUGCUGCAGCAGCCUAAUUCUGUACCACAAGGUGUCGACACCAGGAGCCCAAGAAAAAGAUCAACAUCUCAGCCGAGGGCUUCUGUUGCUGCCUCUGGACUUUCAGUUUUACAACAGCCUAAUUCAGUACCAGAAGGCUUUGUCACCAACAGAAAUAUCAAACGAACAAAUAGCUUAAAAAAGAAGUUUGUUACUACAGAAAAUCUGGUUAGAAAGAAUUUAUGGGCUCCCAAAGGCAAAUUUUUUGAUGGUGAUGGGAAGGAGAAUUCAGAAAGAAUUACGAAUGUUCGUGAGAAUAUGAGUGAUUUUAUUCAAGUAAAAACAGAGAUUUCCCAAGAAGUUAGAGCCAAAGGAUGUGAUGACAUUGAGCCACAAAAUAAGGGUGGUUCAGAAGAUGGCUGUGACGUUACUGCCCAAAGAAAGACAGAGGUUUCACAAGGAGUUGCAACCAAGAGAUUUGGUGACGUCAAGCCGCAGAACAAGGGUGUUUCAGAAGAUGCCUGCGAAGAUAUGGUAUCAGGUUUUCUGUAUGACAGACUGCAAAAGGAAGUCAUCAACUUAAGAAUAUCACAUGAGGAGAAAGAUCGGCUGUUGAGUGCUAGGGAUGAUGAAAUCAAGUUGCUCCAGAAAAAAGUUGAUGCACUAACAAAGGCAAUGGCAGUGGAGUUGAAGAAGAUGAGAAGAGAAAUGGCAGCUAGAGAAAAGGAAGUAUCAGUCAACUCAGAGGAUACUAAACCAAGAAGCAAAACCCCACUCAUCUCAAGAAGAGCUGUGAAGCAUCAGGAACCCUCCACAAAUGCAAGAAGUUAAGUACUCUUUCAUCAGCCACACCCAGUGAGGUUCUCAUGUACAGCUUGGGAGAAUAUGAUGGUUCGUAGUUAAAGAAAAUUGUUUUUAUGGAGCGAGGGAGAAUGCAACUCUGUAAAACUUUAGACAUGCAUGUUGAAAAUUAUAUUCACAGUAUGGAAUGAGAGCACAUUCUGUUUUCUACAAAAAUAGCCAUUUAAGAUUGAUGCCAUAAAGCACUUGAAGCUGCUAAUGCUGUCAAUAUCUCUUGGUGAAAUGAUUGAGACUUUUAUGUAAACGUUCUGUCCUCGAAAGCAUUAUUUUUGUUAUUUGGAA